AUGGUCACCUACAAAGUCAGGGUGUCCACAGGCAAAGACCUGAUGUCUGGGACGUUUGAUUGCAUCUCACUGACCAUUGUGGGAACUCUGGGAGAGAGCCAGAAGCAACGGCUGGAUCAUUUUGGGAGAGACUUUGCCUCUGGAUCAAUUGAUAGGUACACUAUCCAGUGUGAUCAGGACCUGGGGGAACUCAUUCUCAUCCGUCUGCACAAGGAGCGCUCCAUCUUCUUCCCCAAGAAUUCCUGGUACUGCAACUACGUUCAGAUCUAUACUCCUGCGUGCACUACCUACCACUUCCCCGUCUACCAAUGGAUGGAUGGCUAUGAGACAUUGGAGCUUCGAGAGGGCACAGGGAAGACAGUAUUGGAUGAAAACCUCCCUAUCCUGGUGACCCAUCGUCAGGAAGAGCUUAGAGCCAAACAAGACUUCUAUCGCUGGAGAACCUUUGUUCCUGGACUUCCAAACUAUGUGCACAUCCCCAGCUAUCACCCCCCUCCUCGGCAUUGCAACCCCAAUCGUCCAGAAUGGAAUGGCUACAUCCCAGGAUUCCCAAUUCUCAUCAAUAUUAAAGCCACCAGGUUCCUGAACUCAAAUCUAAGAUUUUCCGCUAUCAAGACAGCCUCAUUUUUCCUCCGCUUGGGGCCUGCGUCCUUGGGUAUGAAACUUCGGGGAUUGUUGGAUGAGAAAAGGUCAUGGAAAAGGCUAAAGGAAAUACGGAAGAUCUUCCCCGCUACCAGGACUGCUAUCUCUGAGUAUGUGUAUAAUCACUGGAAGGAGGAUGAAUUCUUUGGUUACCAGUACCUCAAUGGCAUUAAUCCUGGCCUGCUGAAACGCUGCCUCUGCCUCCCUGAGAAAUUCCCUGUGACUGAUGAAAUGGUGGCCCCAUCCCUGGGUGAAGGCACUUGCCUGCAGGCUGAGUUGGAGAAGGGAAACAUCUACCUGGCAGAUUACAGAAUCCUAGAGGGCAUCCCCUCCGUAGAGCUUAAUGGAAAGCAGCAAUACCACUGUGCCCCACUCUGUCUGCUGCACUGUGGGCCACAAGGGGACCUGAUGCCUAUUGCUAUUCAGCUCAGCCAGACCCCUGGCCCUGAGAGCCCCAUUUUCUUGCCCACUGAUCCUGAAUGGGAUUGGCUCCUCGCCAAGACCUGGGUGCGUUAUGCUGAGUUCUACUGCCAUGAAGCCAUUUCUCACCUACUGGAGACUCAUCUGAUAGCAGAAGCCUUCUCCCUGGCAACCAUUCGGCAACUGCCCAUGUGCCACCCUCUUUACAAGCUCAUCAUCCCUCAUACUCGAUACACCAUCCAGAUCAACAGCAUUGGUCGUGCUCUCCUCCUGAAUAAGGGUGGCCUGUCUGACAGGGCGAUGUCUCUAGGACUAGCGGGCUUUGCUGAGGUGAUGUGCCGAGCUCUGGCUGAGCUAAAAUACGAAGAUCUCUACAUUCCCGAUGACUUCAUCCGUCGUGGGGUACAGGACCUGCCUCGAUACUAUUACCGAGAGGACUGUCUGGCCGUGUGGGGGGCUCUUGAGACGUAUGUGUCUGAGAUCAUCAAUUACUACUACCGGAGUGAUGCUGCUGUGGAGGGAGACACUGAACUACAAGCCUGGGUUCGGGAGAUAUUUACCGAGUGCUUCCUGGGUCGGGAGAGUUCAGGAUUUCCCACCUGCAUAAGGACAGUGCCUGAGCUCAUCCGUUAUGUCACCAUUGUCAUUUACACUUGCUCAGCCAAGCAUGCUGCUGUCAACACAGGACAGCUAGAGUACACAGCCUGGAUGCCCAAUUUCCCGUCAUCCAUGAGGUGCCCACCUAUGCAGGAGAAGGGGCUGACCACUGAAGAGAGUUUUAUGGAAUCAUUGCCUGAUGUUAAAACUUCAUGCAUUGUGCUCCUUGUGCUCUGGACCCUUAGUAAGGAACCUGAUGACAAGAGGCCCCUGGGUCACUUUCCCGACAUUCACUUUGUAGAGCAAACACCAUGGAAGAGCAUCCAGGAUUUUAAAGAUCGUUUAGCCCAAAUUUCCUGCAACAUUCGAGAGCGGAACAAGACCCUCCCCAUUGGCUACUACUAUCUAGACCCUGCCUUAAUUGAGAACAGCAUUUCCAUCUAG